UAGGACGUCUGUGGAAGAGUUUAUUUUAUUGGCUUUUUCAGAUCUAUACCAGCUCCAGAUUCCCUUAUUCUUUGCCAUGUUGCUUAUCUACAUUACAUGUGUCUCUGGGAACUUGGCUAUCAUUUUUCUAGUAAGGGUUGAACCUUCCCUUCACACUCCAAUGUACUUUUUUAUUAGCACAUUAGCUGUAACAGAAAUGAUGUUUGUGUCCUGCAUUAUCCCUAAUCUUCUGGCUAAUCUCAUUGCGGCUAAGAACAGAAUAUCGCUCAUUGGCUGCUUCACCCAACUGUUUGCCACUGAUACACUGGGAACAGCAGAAUGUUACCUGCUUGCCGUCAUGGCUUUUGACCGAAACCUGGCUAUUAGCAACCCCCUGCAAUAUUCUGCUAUCAUGACCCAGAAGUUGUGUGUGCAGCUCGCUGUUCUACCAGGGAUUGUUGGAAUUGUCACUUUAUCCAUUCCUUUUGUUCUUACAGCAAGAUUGGAAUUCUGUGGCCCUAAUGAGGUCAACCAUUUCUUUUGUGAUUUUGCUCCUCUGCAGUCCUUGGCUUGUUCUGAUCCUUUCAUCACUAAAGUGGCAACAAGCUCAGGGGCCUUUUUUGCUAUUGUACUCCCAUUUAUAGCAACUGUUGGACUCUACAUCCAUAUCAUUGUCAUCAUUUUUCAGAUCCACAGCACUGAAUCUAAACAGAAAGCCUUCUCCACCUGCUCUUCCCACCUCACUGUAGCAGGUUUGCAUUAUAUCACGGCUAUCACUGUGUAUGUUGUGCCUAAAGGUUCCCAGUAUGACAGGUUCCUUGCCCUUAUAUAUGCUAUCAUGACCCCACUUUUGAAUCCCUUUAUUUAUACCUUCAGAAACAAGGAUGUAAAGAGAGCACUCAUAAAAUCAAGGAGGUUAAAACUUUGUCAGGAAUCAUUUUAAU